GCAAAUUUUGCAAGUAAACUAAAUUGGCGGCCUGUAGAAGAGAAGGGAAAUCCAUCCGUCUCACGAGGGAUAUUCGGGGGAAAAUCUGAGGAAAUAAGCAUUGCGAUUUCGUAUAAAAGUCCAACUGUACGUACUAGGAGGACACAGUUCUAUUUUAUCUUUGAUAAGAAAUAGAAAGUAAACGAAUUCUUUAACCAUGAAUUUUGCCAUCUUUUACUGCUUACUGGGAUUCUGCGCCUUCAGCAUAGUUAAUGGAUUAACUAAAGAUGUGCAAAUAUAUGACUUAGAAGAAGAAAUAAGUGAUGAUCUAUAUAAACUCGUGACAAAAAAACAGGCAGAAUUUCAGGUUGCGCUUAAAAGUGCAAAUCAUAAAACAAGUGUUGCUGCUUGCGAGAACACGUUUAGUACAAAAAUAGCUGAUUUUGUUGUAAACUCAGUUACAGAAUAUGAGAAAUGUUCUCAUUGUGGCCCUGAUAUGUUGAAGCUUAAGCCUGCUUUAGCGUGCACUGAAAAUUUUUUUAAAUCUUCAUUAGAUAAGCUCGAUUCAUAUUUGAAUCAAGGCAAGGCAUGCUUGGGUAUCCAGGGAAAAUCCAAGGCUGAACCUAAAGGAAAAUUAAAUGGAAAACACGAGGGAAAACCCGUGGGCGAACACAAGAAACAUCCCGAGGGGAAGCAAGAGAAAAAACCGCUUAAGUAGACUCACUUGGUUUUUUCUGUGUCUCAAACUUUUAUCACAUGGGGCACCCUAAAAAUGUUCCUUCAUUGCGAAAUAGAUUAAUAAAAAUGUGUAACGCCGGCUACAAAAAAUUUAAUUAGAAAUUAUAAAAGAACCAGUAAUAGAGCAAGGGUAAUGUUAGUAAAAAAACGUGAAUAGUGAUAUGAAAGAAAUAUUUGAUAAAUAAUAAUACUAAAUUUUUGGGAAUAUCUCAAAUUAACACAAACAUAAGACGGCAUCUGGAAAAUCCAUCUUGAUUGAUUCUAAUAUUGUUUUUUGUUCAAAUUGUAGUGUAGUUUAAAACUUCGAUUUUAUUUUUUCAUCCUAUUAUUCGAACGUGAGUUUUUUUUAUUGUAAAUGUUAAAUGUUUUAAAAAUUGUAUACUUGUUUGUAAACAACAUUUUAAAAAUUAACACAAUUUCGUGUCGAAAAAUGUGCUGACUUAGGUGGGUUCUCUAGGUACCGAUUCUAUUAUAAUCUAUCAUUUUUAUUAAGUGGUUGCGCUCGGGAAAAGUUUUCUGCAGUUUUCUUCUCUCUUGGCUAAUCUUCCAAGCAAAUGCGACUGCUUUUUACUUUCUCAAAUCCGGCUGCAAGCGGUAGGGAACUUAUUAUAAUAUAUAAUAUAAGAUAUAUGUCAAUACUUCUACAGGGGAAAUGUGUGCACACUUGUUCCAUGUGAACAUGUUCGUGGAGAUCUUUAAAAUAUAGAUUUGAACAUUUC